GCGGGGCGGAGCAGGCGGGCGGCCAUGGCGGCGGGCGGCGUGGGAGCGCGGCGGCUGGGGCAGCUCUCGGCGCUCUGCGUGUACCGCCGGGUGGCGGCGGCGGGGGACGACGCCGGGGACGACGCUGGGGACGGGGCCGGGCGGCUGGAGCGACGCCGCCGCCGUCGCGGGACGCUGCUGCUCGCCGGGGGCAGGAAGGCCAAGGCACGGCCGAAGCGCAGCAGGGCGGGACGCGGCAACCCGCAGCCGCCGCCAGCCGCCGCCCAGCCCCGCAGCCGCGUGGAGCGGGCCGAGGUUCCGCCGCCAGCCGCCGCCCAGCCCCGCAGCCGCGUGGAGCGGGCCGAGGCCCCGCCGCCAGCCGCCGCUGAGCCCCGCAGCCGCGUGGAGCGGGCCGAGGCUCCGCCACCAGCCGCUGCUGAGUCCCGCAGCCGCGUGGAGCGGGCCGAGGCUCCGCCACCAGCCGCCGCCGAGCCCCGCAGCCGCGUGGAGCGGGCCGAGGCUCCGCCACCAGCCGCCGCCCAGCCCCGCAGCCGCGUGGAGCGGGCCGAGGCUCCGCCACCAGCCGCCGCCGAGCCCCGCAGCCGCGUGGAGCGGGCCGAGGCUCCGCCGCCAGCCGCCGCCGAGCCCCGCAGCCGCGUGGAGCGGGCCGAGGCUCCGCCGCCAGCCGCUGCUGAGUCCCGCAGCCGCGUGGAGCGGGCCGGGGCUCCGCCGAAGCGCGGCCCGGAGCCGGAGGCCCCGCCGCCAGCCGCCGCCGAGUCCCGCAGCCCCGAAGCGAAGCGGCGGGGCGGCCCCGCGGCGAGGCCGGGCGGCGGCAGCGGCGUGUCGGGGCUGCUGCGGCGGCUGGGCCGGCUGGAGGACAGCCGGCAGCGCGCAGCCGAGCUGUUCGGGUGGCUGGUGGCCCCGGUGGCGCCGGCGGAGUUCCUGGGCCGGCACUGGGAGCGGGCGCCGCUGCUGCUGCGGCGGGGUGACCCCGGGUACUACGCGGGGCUGUUCUCCACCGCCGACUUCGACGCGGCCCUGCGGAGCGGCGAGGUGCACUUCGGCACCCACCUGGACGUGACCAGCUACGCCGAGGGGGUGCGGGAGACCCACAACCCGUCCGGACGGGCCCUGCCUGCCGUUGUCUGGGACUUCUACCAGAACGGCUGCUCCCUGCGGCUCCUCAGCCCCCAGACCUUCUCUCCCACCGUCUGGAACUUCCUCUCCAUCCUGCAGGAGCAUUUUGGCAGCAUGGCGGGGGCCAACACGUACCUCACGCCGCCGGGGACACAGGGCUUUGCCCCCCACUAUGAUGACAUCGAGGCGUUUGUGCUGCAGCUGGAGGGGAAGAAGCACUGGCGUGUCUACAGACCCCGGACAGACGCCGAGGUGCUGCCCCAGUUCUCCAGCGCAAACCUGACGCAAGCCGAGCUCGGCGAGCCCAUGCUGGAGACGGUGCUGGAGGCCGGGGACCUGCUGUACUUCCCCCGUGGCUUCAUUCACCAGGGGGACUGUCUCCCCGACGCGCACUCGCUCCACAUCACCGUGUCCUCCUACCAGAGGAACUCCUGGGGACACCUCCUGGAGAAGCUCCUGCCAGCUGCCCUGCAGAUGGCCAUGGAGGAGGACUUGGAGUACCGGCAAGGGCUUCCCGUGGGCUGCCUGGCGUACAUGGGGAUCGCCAACGCAGACGCGGUCGACGCUCGCCGAACGGCCUUUGUGGAGAAGGUGCAGAGCCUGAUCAGGAAACUUGUGGACUAUGCCCCCAUUGAUGCUGCCGUGGAUCAGAGAGCCAAGUCGUUUCUCCACGACUGCCUCCCGCCGGCGCUCACGCAGAGCGAAGAGGCGCGGAGCGUGUACGGCUUCCCGGCACGGUGGCAGGACGGAGGCCCCCGCCACAUUGACAUACCCAUGACGAAAGACACCGAAGUCCGUCUCCUCCGCCAUGGCGUCGUCAGAUUGUGUAACGAAGAAGCGGGUGUGAUGCUGUAUUACACGACAGAAAACUCCAGAGUGUAUCACAAGGAAGAACCCAAGUUCCUGGAGAUAGAUGCUGAGUACACGGACAGUAUCGAGUUCCUGCUGUCGUCCUAUCCAAACCAUGUCCGUGUGGAUGCCCUUCCGUGUGAAACCCUGGAGGACAAGAUUUCUCUAGCCACGCUCCUGUUUGAGAAGGGCAUUCUGACUACAAAGAAGCCUCUGGUGCAAGUGUAAUAUGGGGGUUUUUUUUAACAGAAUAAACACAGGUUUGUUUGGAAAA